AGCAGGUGCCGGCAGAGCGCGGCGGGACGGACGGACGGACGGCCGGUCUGACUGACGGGCGGCGGGACGGGCAGCGGGGGCCAUGGCGGCGGCGCCGCCGCCCCGCUCCUUCAGCGCCGCCGAGGUGCGGGCUCGCUGCGCGCAGGGCGCCUGUCUCGUCCGCUGCCGCCGCCGCCUCUACGACCUGAGCGGCUUCGUGCGGCUGCACCCGGGGGGCGAGCAGCUGCUGCGGCGGCGGGCCGGCACCGACGUGAGCGCCGCGCUGGAGGGGCCGCCCCACCGGCACUCCGCCAACGCCCGCCGCUGGCUCGAGCAGUACUACGUGGGGGAGAUGGAGCCCGGCGAGGAACAGAGCUACCUGGAGCCGGUGGAUGAGAAGGCAGUGGAUGCUGCAGCCCAGACACCAGCGCAGAUGGAUCCCCGCUGUAAAACAGUGGAUGUAGAAAAGGACCUGGUGGACUGGGAGAAGCCCUUGCUGUGGCAGGUGGGCUACUUGGGGGAGAAGUAUGACGAGUGGGUGCACCAGCCUGUGGAUCGGCCCAUCCGUCUCUUCCACUCAGAUUUCCUCGAGUCCCUCUCCAAGACGGCAUGGUACGUGGUGUUCAUUGUGUGGGCCCCUGUGGUGCUCUAUCUCAGCUGGGUCAGCUACACCUCCCUUGCCCAGGGCAACACCAGGCUCUUCUCCUCCUUCACCACAGAGUACUCCAUCCCUGUCCACAAAUACUACUUCCCCUUCAUCUUCCUCCUGGGGAUGUUCCUGUGGUCCCUGCUAGAGUACCUCAUCCAUCGCUUUGUCUUCCACAUGAAGCCACCCGCUAGUAACUACUAUCUCAUCACCCUGCAUUUCUUGCUGCAUGGGCAGCAUCACAAGUCUCCCUUUGACAGCUCCCGCCUCGUCUUCCCUCCUGUGCCAGCCUCGCUAGUGAUUGGCUUCUUCUACGGCAUCCUGCAGCUCCUGCUGCCCGAGGUGCUGGGGCUCUCGGUGUUUGUCGGGGGUCUCUGUGGCUACGUCGUCUACGACAUGAUGCACUAUUACCUUCACUACGGGUCACCGAAAAAAGGCACCUACCUGUAUGGGCUGAAGGCAUAUCACGUCAAGCACCACUUUGAAUACCAAAAAUCAGGCUUUGGCAUCAGCACCCGCUUCUGGGAUCACCCCUUCCGGACGCUCAUCCCCGAGGAGACCUUCGAGAAAGAGGACUGAUGGCCCUGGUGUGGUACCCGGCUGCUGUCUCCAUCCCUCCUGGGCUGGGGCUGGCAUCCCUCCCCAGCCCUUGGCAAGGCUGGCUGGCCCCUUGGCCCCUUCCCGGGGCCUGUGCCAUGGUGGUGGCCCCACACCAGAGCACCCCCAUGGUGCGCUCCAGAGACCAGCUGUGGCACUACCAAGGGGGGCCAGGACAGGGUGAGGAUGUGGGGAAAGGGGAGGAGGAGGUUGGAGGGCUCUCUGGGGGGCUCCAGCCCCUUCCUCACUGCCCUCCUGCUCCAGGCCACGGAUGCACAGGCAGGUUUGCUGCCUGGAAUAUGAAGUGCCCAAUGCCACCCUCCCUCCUCCACCCUGGCACCUCGCCGGUGCUCCCCUGAACGCCUCGCCCUCCUGGGGUGGCCCCCCCCAGGGUGACCAACACUGCAGUUAACCACAUCACCUAACUCAUGCUGAGGGGCUUCUGUAUCCCAGGUCCCUCUCCUGGCCCAAUCCCAUCACAGGGUUUCCUUGGCCUGUGGCCCUUGGAGUGGGGAUCCCACAGGUCUGGAUUUUGCCUUUUUCUAACCAUUGCACCUGUAUCUCUCUGCCAGAUUUAUCAAGUUCAUGUUUUUUGUAGACAUUGGCUACUUGAAACUCAAACUCCAAUGAACAGAAUUGCUACGAGAUGCCUUUUUUGCUGAUCCUGUGAUUAUUUUUUUUUUAAAGUUUACUGCAAAUAUUUAAAGGUUUGGAAUAAAGUUAUAUGUAAAACUGUAGACACUACAAUUGUAAAUAAACUGUAUAUUUUGAAAAGUAAA